ACUAAUAUAAUUCAUCCUUGCAACGCCUCCUUCAGGGACCAGGGCCCUUUUCGACGCUCCGUACCUGAAGCACCUGUUGACCAAAGCCAUCUCGAAAGCCAGCAACUUCACCUGCAUCUUGCAGAAGAUGAAUUACGUCGAUGAGGAUCUGAGGAUCUUGCCAGAGGUAAUUAAGAACGAAGUUAAGAAUCUGACGGCCAGCGUUACGCUCAACGCAGACUUCGUCAAGACAAUCGAUCACUGCUACCAGUUCUCCCUGUGCCUCCCAGAGGAACCAUCCCCGAUGCCCAUCGAAGUCAAGAGGCUCCUGGUCUUCAUGAAGUGUGAGAAGAAGCUAAGGAUGGCCCUCUGCAUGAAACAGCACAUUCUAAAGAACAUGGACCACUUCGAUGUCUCUGAGAUUCAGUUAGAGGGUUCUCCUGACCAGGAAAAAAUGGCCGAGAAGAUUCUCCACAUUCUCUGGGGCUCAGAGGAGAGGGAAGACUUCGAGAUUUACUAGAGCUAGUUGAGGUAAUUCAUGUUUACAGUCAGCAAAUAAGUCAAGGUAAUUCAUGUUUAUAGUUAGCCAAUUUCACUAGGCCUAUGUGCCCUUACUGAGAAUUGUCAAGGUAAUUCAUGUAUACAGUCAGCCCAUUUCACUAGGCCUAUGUAGCCCAAUUAAGAAUUGUCAAGGCAAUUCAAGUAUGCAGUCAGCUAAUUUCCCUAGGCCUAUGUAAGUCCAAACUAAGAAUUGUCAAGGUAAUUCAAGUAAGCAGUCAGCUAAUUUCCCUAGGCCUAUGUAAGUCCAAACUAAGAAUUGUCAAGGAAAUUCAUGUUUACAUCGUCAGCCAGACUUAUAACUCAGCAAUAAAACACCUGAGUAUUUCA